ACCCACAGAAUCAAGCACUCCCACUCUCUUCUUCGAUCACCCACUCACUUCAUUCUCUCUAAAAUAUUUUGUCUUUCCUUUCACUUAUUUCACUCUCUCUCUCUCUCUCUCUCUCUCUCUCUCUCUCUCUCCCUAAAACAAUGGGCAUAGUUGAUGACCAUAGCAAGACACUAUGGGGAAGCAUGACCCCUGGACCUUCCUCACGUUUCCUCAACGGCAAGAUCAUGCUCGCUUCCGUGAUCAUCCUCUUCGUCGCCGUCAUUCUAAUCCUCUGUUUCCACAGCUACGCCAGAUGGUUGUUCCGUCGUCAAAACCGCCGUAUUCGCCGCCGUAUCAGUGCUCACCUCCGAUCUCUGUCAGCCGCUCGAGACCCCACCCAGUCCUCCUCCCUCUCUCCUCUCGAUCCGACGGUGCUCGAGAAGAUCCCGAUCUUCGUCUACUCCGUUAAAACCCGUAAAGCUCCGCUCGAGGAUUGCUCCGUUUGCUUGUCGGAAUUCGAGGAAGAAGACGAAGGACGUGUCCUUCCCAAAUGUGGCCACGUGUUCCAUGUGGAGUGUAUUGACACGUGGUUCCGGUCCAGAUCUAGCUGUCCGCUUUGCAGAGCUCCGGUUCAACCCGAGGAGUCGGUUACUGAAUCCGGUUCGAGGAAUUCAGAACCGGUUGCUCCCGUGUUUCAAUCGGUUAAGCCAGUUGAGGAUACCGAAGCUGGAAGCUCGUCUUCGUCGGACGAAUCAGAAUCCUCCACGCCGUCUUCGUCCUCUGGUUCGCCGGUGAGGUUUCCGACGGAAGCGUGUGAGAGGGAACCGAUUGAUUUAGUCGGUAUAGUUGUUGAGAUUCCCAGAGAAUUGGACGCUUCUAACUCGGGUCUACCCGGAGAAAACGGGUCGAAUUUACUGAAAGGCUAUGGAGUAUUUGAUUAUUCAAAAAGAAUUUUCGGAUACUAAAGAAUCCGACCGGGUAACCCGGGGAAUCCGGAACUGCGUGGGCAAGAAUUCGGAGUCUUCACGACCCGAUAUAUGGCGGGGUGAAGACACGUGGCGUUUUUGAGUAUCCACGCGGCGAUCAGUGCCAGAUCCUUGGGACGUUUCUUUUAUUACGAAAGAGACGGCGUUUAAAAAUGAACGGACGUGAGAAUGUGAGAUAAAGAAAAAGUAACGGAGCUACUCUGUAAUGUGAAAUACAGACGGUGUCGUUUAGGUAGAGAAGCAAAAGCUUACCCACCAAAACGAUUUUCUUUGUUCUUUUGUAAUCUCUUUAAUGGUUGGUUACAUAAGUUAAGUGUGAUUAAAUAAACUGAAACGAAUCAACGGUUCAAUGAACCCAUUUGAAUGAAAUUUUUCUUAUCACUAAUAUUAUUCGUCAUUGACCUUUAGCCCCAA